AUGGCAUCGGCAUCAGGCCUUCUAUCCCCAGGAGGGUCUCGGCCAGGGAGUCCAGGGCCUGGAGUCAAACCACCAUUUAGCCUGACAACUAAGUCAGAUAAUUCAGGCAACCUCGGCCAAGAGGCAUUUGAUUCAAUGACAGAAGAGCAACUACAAGCAAUUAUGAAUGCACUUAAUGCUAAGCGUGGUGGUAGUGGUGGUGCUCCUGGUGCACAGCCAGCAGGUCAGCCACCAGCAGAACAGCAGCCACCAGCAGAACAGCAGCCACCAGCAGAACAGCAGCCACCAGCACAGCAGCCACCAGCAGGUCAGCCACCAGCAGAACAGCAGCCACCAGCAGGACAACAGCCACCAGCAGGACAGCAGCCACCAACAGGUUCUAUUGAGCCAUAUGAAGAUACAUUUCUAGUGACUAUGGAAAAUACUCUGCCAGACCUGCACAAAAUGUGUAUCGAGUCGAAUGCAUUAUCCAAUUACAUCUUGGAAGGCUGCCGUGAAUUUAAAGGGCGAUAUGUUGAUAGGGAUCUGGUUGACUUCUUGGUACAUAUGGAGUACCAAGCAGAUAAAAACGAGACCGACGAACAAAUGAAAGAAGAAAUUAUAAAAUAUGUUCGAAAUCCAACAUCCCCACUUCCAGUAAUGGAAGAGAAGCAUGCUGCGGCAAAGCAACAGAUGGAGGAUCUUAGAAUCGCCGCAGUCGCUCGUUAUUACACUGAUGCGGAACUCGAGUUCCUCCGCAAGCACGCUCCGAAGCAUUUACCAAAGAUAGCGUCAGACAUCAACCUUUUAGCGGACUUUACAUUUAAAUUCUGCCCCGAAUUUAAAGAGCGGCAUCCAAAGGAUGAUAUUUUCGAGCUACUAUGUUUUGGGGAGCUGAUACGUACAUUUUUCCCAAAGGAUGCCGAUGCCAAGAUUCAAGAAUUUAUUCAAACUAAAGAAUUACCCCGAAUCGAAGAUAUGAAGUUUGGCAAUGACACGGACUUAGCUCAGCAACGAAGACAACAAGCAUUAAACGUAUUGGAAGGAUUGCGAAAGCCGCAGCCAGCCAACGUGGACCCAGCUGCUUUUUAUGAUGCCGCUGAACGACGGAACUUCAGGAAACAGUUUAUUGCGACUGCAGAGGACCCAGCUGCUGAUCGUUGCGUAAUUAAUGAUCCCGAAAUUAAAGAACCAGUGGAAGCUACUAUUAUUGGGCGACAUCCUCAUCGCAGGAAGUGGUUGAUCUGUGCCAUUCCCACCAAUAAUUCCAAGUACGGGAAGCUAGAAAGGUUUCCAACCAUCGAUGGCGACCAACAUCGUGAUAUUCUCGAGAAUUACUCUUUAAAAGGGUCAGACCGGACAAUUCCAGUUGGUAGUCUACUUGACCUCAGGGGAAUUAGCAUGGAGGAAUUUGAAUUAAACGGAGUUAUUCUGUUACCAUGGGGGAAUGAUAUACGUAUCUCUGGCUUGGGACUUUCAAACUCGAGAAACAGAGAGUUUAAAAUGUUUUCAAAGACCGUCCUUUGCCAAAAGUGGGGAAGAUCUGGCCUUGCAAUGCUGCAUGCCCAUUUGCAAAAAUGUGGAUCAACGAUCCCUGCAGGAAAGAACAAGAACGAGUUGGAAUUACAGCCAAAAAGCUGGUAUGGUCCAUAG